ACGGACACUGCUGCGUAUGCGUGGUCUUGCCCAAUAAACGCCAAUCGCAGUCGUUCUACUUCUUGCCUCUGCGAACCGAGAGCCGUCGUCACUUUGCCUGCAACCCUGAGGAUAAAGUGUCUACUUCGCCACAAUGAACGCAAGGAAUCAAGUUGUGACCGCCGUCGUGGUGCUAUGCUUCGCCUCCGCGCUGGUGGACGCGAAUGCUGCGGUGGAGGCCGUCCUGGAGCAACUAAAGUCUCUCGUGCAAGACUUCGUACCUGACAAGGCCAUGGCGCAGCAGUACAUAGACAAGAUCGACAGCGCACGCGAGUGUCUCUCGAUCGCCAAGGGAAUAAACCCGGACGUCAUUAAGCAAUUUGCUGAUGGCAUCAUUCCUACGGUCAUGGAAUGCGGCGGCAAGCACAUGGGCAUCGCCGAUGCUGCAGAGAAAGAGGCCGCUAUGAAGAGCUGCUUCCAGGAGAAGGCGGACAAAUUUAAGGCAUCCAGUGGAAUGUCACCCGAAGACAUCAAGAUGUUCGACGAUACCGGAGCCUGCAUUCAGCAAAAAGUGCAAGGAUGAGCUCGGUAGGCCGAGAAGCUGUGAAGCACGGUAGAGUCCUGCCUAAACCAGCCGUAUGCAGCAGCGCUUCGACGUAGAGGGCAUCUGUAAUAGAAGCAAAUAAAAUGUGAAUUAAACCAGU